AUGACUCAGAAUCUAUUCCCCUUGCAUGUAGUAGAGUGGGUGCGGCUGGGCUACAAUGUCCCUAUUCUUAUUAAAUUUGGAGACUACACACCACGUGUGCAUCCAAAUUAUAAAGGACGUGUGUCUCUGUCACGAGGAGCAUCUCUAGUGGUUGAUGGCUUGACUCUGGAGGAUGAAGGCUGGUUUGAGUGUCGCAUACUUUUGCUGGACAGAACCAGUGAUGAGUUCAGAAAUGGCACAUGGACUUUCCUGUCAAUCACAGCUCCUCCUGUGUUUAUAAAGAUUCCCCCUUCCUUUGUGGAGGUCCUUUUGGGAGAAUCACUCACCCUUAGCUGUGGUGCACUUGGCAACCCAAAACCAACAGUUACCUGGAGAAAAGAAGACAACACAGUAGAGGAAGAAGACAAGAUUCAGGGAAUUAAUGGAACCCUAUCUUUGGUCAAGGUUACCAUGGAAACAGCAGGAAUGUACAAGUGUCAUGUAUCCAACUCUGAGGGAAACUUGACUCACGUUACCCAGCUACAGGUUAAAGGUCCUCCAGUUAUUGUUAUUGCCCCUGAGGACACCACCAUGAAUAUGUCCCAGGAUGCAGUUCUGCAUUGCCAUGCUGAUGCAUACCCAUCUAAUCUCACAUACGAGUGGCAGAAAGAAGGACAAAAUGUCUAUAAUGUUGAAUCUCUGCGGUCUCGAGUAAAGCUCUCAGUGGAUGGUACUCUACUUAUUCCUAAACUAAUCCCUGAAGACUCAGGAAACUACACCUGCAUUCCCUUCAAUGGGUUACUGACUCCACCCUCUGCUUCUGCCUCCCUCAAAGUGAAAUACCCUGCACGGGUGGUGCAGAUGCCCAGGGAAACUUAUCUCCCUGCUGGCAUGGGUGGAACAAUUGUUUGCCCAGUUCAAGCUGAGCCUCCAGUGCUGUUUGUUAACUGGACCAAAGAUGGUGUCUCACUGGAUGUACUCCAGUACCCAGGUUGGACAAUAAAUUCAGAAGGCUCUGUGUUCAUUGCCACAGCCAAAGAUGAUGUAGUAGGCAUGUACACCUGCACUGCCUACAACAGCUAUGGGACUAUGGGCCAGUCUGAACCCACCAAAGUAAUUCUGAAGGAUCCCCCAUUCUUUCGGGUGUCCCCCAGGGCUGAGUAUCUGCAGGAAUUUGGUAGAGAGCUGAUCAUUCCCUGCCAAGCACAUGGGGACCCAGCACCUCACAUCACCUGGACCAAGGUUGGGAGUACACCUUCCUCUCCAUUUACAGUUUUGUCCAAUGGUUCUCUGGUUCUGCAUCCACUCAGCAAAAACCAUCAAGGGGCAUGGGAGUGUCAUGCUACCAAUUCUGUGACCACAGUUAGUAAAGGCACUAUGGUUCUAGUGUUAGGCACAAGCCCCCAUGCUGUGAUUGCGGUAUCUAUAGAGCCAGGCAUCAACAAUGCCAGUGUAUUCUGGCAGCCUGGCUUUGAUGGAGGAUAUACACAGAAGUUCAGCAUCUGGGUGAAGCCCACUAAUAGAGGGAAACAUGAAUGGACCUCACUUCCAGUCCCCACAUCUGAAUCCAGCUUUCUUGUGACAGGCCUCCAGCCUGCCACCAGUUACCAAUUUAGCAUCUUGCCUCAGAACAAGCUAGGCUCUGGCCCAUUCAGUGAGAUUGUCACCAUUAUGACCCUGGCUCCUCCAACAGUUCGACCCACUGUCGUAACUGAUUUAGCAGCACUACUUGCUCCCACCUCACUGUCAGUCAAUUACACAGCAGUGGGUGUGCUGCUGCAGUGGCUGCCACCUCCUGUUCAGUCACCACUAAUCACAGCCUUCAUGCUCCAGGCAAGACAGGAGAAGGGUGAAUGGCUUACACUUGAUAGAGAAAUCAACGUCAACACCACAGAAAUAUUUGUCCAAGGACUGACAAGAGACUCCUGCUAUGAGCUGCGGCUGCUGUCAUAUGGAGCUAGAAUAGUCAGUGAGCCUAGUGAAUCAGUCAGUAUCACCACUAAAGGUAUGGAAGUAUACCCAGCUUUACCCAGCUUGAUGACUUUUAUUACUCAGCCCCUUAUAGCUGGUGUGAUUGCGGGUGUGUGCUUCCUAUUUGUGGCUAUCACUCUUUCAGUAGUGACAGCAUGUGUGAUGAACCACAGGAGGGAGCAACGCCAUAAGAAGAGACAAGAUGUUUUCUCUACUGCCUUACGGAAGACCCAAUCUCCACAGUAGGUCUCCAUCAGUAAUAUGCAUGUCAUCAUCAUUCCAAAAUACCCUCACAAACUUCCAGGGAGUUUUAAAACAGUAAAA